AUUUUUGUUUUGAAAUCUUCAGUCUUCACCGAAAUGGCAGCGUACAUUUCAGUUAUCAUUAGUUAAACUUGCGUGCACGGUUUUAAUGUUUCUACAUCGUAAACACUAAACAGUAAUAUUUUAGUUCAAUAGAGCGGAUCUUUCUCUGAAGUUUAUUGCAGUACUCGCUUCGCUGCAGAAUGUCUGCGAGGGGAUUUUUGUUGCUAUAUUUCUCCUGCGCGUGCGUGCCUCUACUGCUAGCCUCCAUUUCCCCAAACAGUGAUACCAUCCCCAACGUUGCGACCAAGGAUAGGACGUUACCGAAGCACAUCGGAGGCGAGGAUGUAGAGAAACCAGCAGAAAAUCCACGGCCGCCCUCCAAGCUCCAUUUUCAUGGGAAGGAUACGAAAACUCCUAAGUUGCCUAAACACCUUCUCGGUACAUCCUCCGAGUCUGAAGAGAAACCCCACACCGUUCACAAGCGAUCCAUCCUCCCACAGCACAUCGUGGAGAAAUUGUAUAAGGGACGUCCGCAGGAAGGACAGACGAAAUUGCUCACGGAUCGGCCGUUCUGGAAGCCCUGGAAACCGCAUCAGUUCGGUCAGCUGACGGCGAAAGAUUGUCCGGCUGGUGAUCCGCUCAUUCUAACGCCGCUGAUCCGCAAUGGGAAUAUUUCAGAGGCGCAACAGUUGGCGCGAGUACGUUUGCCGGGCACGGAUAUUGUCAGCUACAGUGGUUAUUUCACGGUGAACCAGUCCGACUCGAGCAAUCUGUUCUUCUGGUUCUUCCCGGCGGAAGUGGCCGUCCCGGAAGACGCUCCGGUCUUACUGUGGCUGCAGGGUGGACCGGGCGCUACCUCCAUGUUCGGUUUAUUCGACGAACACGGCCCCUGGUCGUUGACCGCUGAUUUUCAGCUGAAGCCGCGUGAUUAUCGCUGGAGCUUAUUAGCCAACGUUAUCUACAUUGAUAACCCAGUUGGCACGGGUUUCAGCUUUACCAAGACGGACGCCGGAUAUGCACGGAAUGAAGAUCAAGUCGGCAAAAAUCUAUACGAGGCCCUGUUGCAGUUUUAUGAGAUGUUCCCGCAAUAUCAGCAAGGAUCACUGUAUGUAUCCGGAGAAUCGUACGCUGGGAAAUAUGUACCGGCGCUGGGUUACACUAUCCAUGUCAAUAAUCCCAAAGCGCCGCUUAAAUUGCCUUUUAAAGGAUGUGCGUUUUCCGGAAGCCCAUUAUAUGGCAUUGCUUUGGGGAACGGCUUUGUUGAUCCAGAAAACAUGCUGGAUUUCGGUGAUCUUCUAUACAGUCUUGGCAUGGCCGAUAUCAACGAAGCGGAAUAUUUACGCAACGAAACCCUGCUGAUUCAGGCUGCCAUUCGGGCAGGUAACUUCCGAGAAGCCUUCAACAUUGAGGAUCCGCUUGUUGAUGGCGAUAUUUGGAAGUAUCCCACUUACUUCUACAAUAUUACCGGCUCGCGGUUUUAUUAUAAUUUCCUCUUAUCUGCUGAUCCCGAAGGGCUGGCGUAUUAUUGGCAGUAUGUCAACCAGUGCUAUGUGCGGAAAGCGUUACAUGUUGGUAACCAGAUUUUUGAUGGAGGGGUAAAGGUUGAACAGUUUUUGUUGGAGGAUAUUUUCCAAACUGCAAAGAAUUAUCUGGUCCCUUUACUGGAAAAUUACCGCGUUUUAAUUUAUAAUGGUCAGUUAGACAUCAUUUGUGCGCUUCCAUUCACCGAAAAAUAUUUGGAACUGCUGGAUUGGAAAGGAGCAGCCGACUAUAAAAAGUCCACAAAAUAUAUUUGGAAAGUGGAGGAUAGCGACGUGGAACCAGCUGGUUAUGUGAGACAUUCUGGAGAAUUUUAUCAGGUUGCUGUUCGUCGAGCUGGACACAUGGUGCCUUAUGAUCAACCGCGUUUUGCCUUCGACAUGAUCUAUCGUUUCCUCUACGGCCAAACAUUCCACAACUGAAAGAAAAGCGGUGCAACAAUUCUGUCUACCUUCCCGGUGAUUCUAGAAUUUUGUGAUACUUUGCUCAAGUUCCUUUACAGUUUUAUGUGUCUUCCAGUUUUGUAAAUUGUUUUGUCGAAUUCUGCUAGUAAGUAUUUCGAUUCCUUCGUUUAUUCGAAAUUAGCUUUUGCUGACUUUGAAAAGUUUUGGAGAACUUGUAAAAUAAAUUGGUGUGCAAGUGGCAGAUAAUUUUAUUGGAGGCAACUUGGAAAACAGUAACACUCUGUUUAUAAGAAAAUGACGCAUUAAAGCCAGAGAAAAAUUAUAAAAU